UGUGUGCUGAGGGGGGCCGGCUUUACACGAAAAGCAGACCGCGUUUUGCCCUCCUUCUCCUGGAUGAUCUGUCUGAGAAGAAGCGUGAGGCAGUGAAACAUUUGACCUGUGAGACGGGGAUUGUGAUUUCCGCUCCUCUCAGAGCCUCUGCGUGUGAGGAUUCAUUCAGAGCUGCUCACAGGAUUAGUUCUAAACAUCUGCUGGAUUAAGUUUUGCUCAGUGUGAGAUGAUGGCCGCCUACCUGGGCCUGGAGGAGGACAGCACGGGCCUGAUGGACAGCACAGGCAGCAAGGCAGAAAAAGAGCAAGCUAAGAGUGAAAGUGUGGCGGUGAAAAGCGCAGAAAAAGCCGACGCGACUCAGAAGCCGCCCUACUCGUACGUGGCGCUGAUUGCCAUGGCCAUACGCGACAGCUCCGAGAAGCGCCUGACACUUUCAGGUAUUUACCAGUACAUCAUCAGUAAAUUUCCUUUCUACGAGAAGAAUAAGAAAGGCUGGCAGAACAGCAUCCGACACAACCUGUCACUGAACGAGUGCUUCAUCAAGGUUCCCCGGGAGGGCGGUGGAGAAAGGAAAGGUAACUACUGGACCCUGGACCCUGCGUGUGAGGACAUGUUUGAAAAGGGAAACUACCGACGCCGGCGGCGCAUGAAGAGGCCGUUCAGACCUCCACCGGCACACUUCCAACCCGGCAAGUCUCUUUUCGGCGGGGACACUUACAGUUACCUCUCUCCGCCUAAAUAUUUACAGCCUGGCUUCAUGAACAACUCGUGGUCUCUGGCGCAACCUCCUGCGCCCAUGCCCUACACGUCGUGCCAAAUGGCGAGCGGGAACGUGAGCCCGGUGAACGUCAAAGGCUUGUCCGCGCACUCCUCAUACAGCCCUUACUCUCGCAUGCAAACAAUGACACUGCCGGCCAUCGUCAAUUCGUACAACGGCAUGAGUCACCACCACACACACCAGCACCAUCAGCAGCUCAGUCCGGCCGCGUCUCCUCCAGUUCCCACUGGAAACGGCACCGGGCUGCAGUUCGCGUGCUCGCGGCAGCCCACAGAGCUUCCCAUGAUGCACUGCCCUUACUGGGAGCACGAGGGCAAACACUCCGCACUGCACACCCGGAUCGAUAUAUAGCUGUGUCUGUAUCACUGUACACCCGGACUUGUGGUUGUAGAGAUGUUUUUAUAUGUGUCAAGGGCUGAAGAUUGAAAUGUCGGGAUGUGCGCAAGUGCGCGUGCAGCUGACGCGGAACCAAACUCGGGAAUGUCUCCGGUGUGAUGAGGUUUGGAUGCUGUGCUUCUUAUCUCUGCUGCAGAAUGGAAAUGUGGAUCAAAAUGGUCUCUCAUGCAUAUACAUAUAUAUAUAUAUAUAUAUAUAUAUAUAUAUAUAUACAGUUCAGUGAAAAUAGUGAACACUUGUCGGUCUUUUCACUGUAAAUGAAACUAGGUGUGAUCUGUUUGCAGUGUUUGACUCUGUAGCUCUCCAUGGGCCAUUUAAAUCACAUUUACAAUGUAUUUUCAUAUCAUUAAUGUUCAAGUCUUAAGUUUCAAAUUCAGUAAAGAGAAGGAACAUGUGAACGGGUCUAACAUCAGUCUGAAAUGACACUUGUGGUUUUCAUAUUUCAUAGAGAUAUUAAUCAGUCCAGUGAGACUGAGAAAGUGAGCUGAAGAAUGGCCAGAAUUACAAGGCAGUCAGCACAGUGUUUACCUGAAGUGCACUCUCAGUGUGGCCUGCAUGAGCAUUAGCACACAGCAGUGAAGGUGGCAAGGCUUCUCAGUGGCAUUCCCCCAGGGCUUGCUGUUGCUGUUGAUGUUAUUAUUGUUAUUAUUGUUUUUGUUGAGGAUGAUGAGGAUGUUAAACUGCGACGCGAAGGCAAACGCGAACUUGUACUGAUAUUUGUGUGUGGAUUGUGGGCUAUUAUAAUUUAUUAUUUUUAUUAUUAUUAUUAUUAUUAUUAUUAUUAUUAUUAUUAUUAUCAUUAUUAUUAUUAUUAUUACUGAAUAAUGUUAAUGUCUGCAACAAUCCGGGGACCAUGUUCAGGUAGCACUUUUAAAUCAUUUUUUCCCCUAGUUAUUUUCAUAAUAAACUAAUUUCUCUUACAAUGAUGCAGUGAUCUUGAACUUAUUGUGGUGACAGCAACAUUAUUAUUAUUAUUAUUAUUAUCAUUAUUAUUAUUAUAUAUUCCGCUUACUUCAAUAUACUGCUUUAUCCAGCUCUUUAAAUGAUCUUAAUGAAGAUUAAUUUUGAAAAAUGAAUAUUUAUUAUUAAGUGAUGUAUAUUCAGCAACUUAAUUUUUGAGUGUUAGCUUACUCAUAUUGUUUUGAUGAUGAAUUUAUAACUUUUUUUUAUUUUUAGCAAAAACAAAAAAAAGAUAUUUGUCGGCUACUGAGAAAUACUGAGCCGUUGUGUUGACUAAAGCCGUUGUGUUUUUUUUUAUUAUUUUAUUUAAAAAAAAAUAAGCGCGUGCAUUUUAAUUACUCAGAAGAAUUUAAAAUACAUAUUUAGAAAUUAUAAAUCAGGAGGGUUGUCUAUUGAUCUGGUUCAUUUAGAGUAUGAGGUCGUGUUUUGACUGUCAAGUUAUUAGUUUAUAUAAAGACACCUUUACAGCUAUUAUUAUAUCUCACUGGUCCUGUUGUUCCAAGUUUUCCAAUAAAAUAUGUUUUAAAAAAAUACAGUACAAACGAACAAGUGAGGAAGACCAACACAUCACUGUUUCACACAACUACACAAGCCGUGAAAGUAAUAUAUAGCCUAUUUUAUUCUUUUAUUCAGGACUGUAGUAUUCCAAUGAAGCCUGAAGCUAAAGGUUAACUGAGCAAAGUUGCGCGUGCAGGAGUUCUGAUAUAACAUACAAUAGGAAGAUCAGCGCGUGCAGGAGUUCUGAUAUAACAUACAAUAGGAAGAUCAGCGCGUGCAGGAGUUCUGUAGUGAAGAUCAGCGCGUGCAGGAGUUCUGCAGUGAGUCGCGCGUGCAGGAGUUCUGUAGUGAGUCGCGCGAGCAGGAGUUCUGUAGUGAGGAUGUUGCAGAAAUAGUUUGUAAUGCAGACUGCCCACGUUUUACUCUACAAAAUGCAUGUCUAACAAUAAAAGCUGCAUCACUGCAAAUUAUAAAUUAUUACAAAUACACUCUUAACUACUGCAUAGUCUCAAAUUAUUCCUAUUGUAUGUUAUAUCUAGCUUUUUUUUUUAUUUGUUUGAUUGUUGUUGUUUUUUUUUUUUUUUUUGGUUGGUUUUUUGUUUAUUUUGUUUUUUUGUUUUUUUGUAAAAUUCCAUUAAAAUUCCUAAAUUGAACGGAAAAUAGUAUUAAUAAUUGUUCUAAUGAUAUAAGUGCCAGUUUUAUACGUAAAGAAAAGGUUUUAUAAAUAUUAACUGUGCUAUAAACAGAGAUACAGAUAUAAUAACUGAAAUGCUGCUAGCUAUAUGUCAAUAAUAAAAAUGAAGAUUUAAGUUUUUUCGAUAUAUCGAUAUAUCUGUUUACAAAUAAAGAUGAUCAGGAAAUAAAAUCCUUGAAAUGAA